AUGAAGCUCCGGCCGGAAAGCGGCAACGCGACGUCGAUCUCGCUCGCGAGUUGGAAGGAGAUCGCGGUGGGGGUGCUGGGGCUGCCGGAGCUGACGGCCUACAGCCUCUUCGACGUCUUCUUCGCCGUCAGCGGGGGUUGCCUGCAGGGCAGCCCGUCCUACUACGGCAGCCACGCCGAGGCCAAGACCCUCGCGGAGUACCGCCAGGAGAGCAAUCGGGUGCAGCUGGUUAAGAUGGGCGGCGCCGUCGACGAGGCCCGCUGGCCGUUGAUCUCCAUCACCCGCAUGGUCAGCCUGCCAGGGCUGAUGUUGUUUCUUCUGACCCAACUUCUGCUCGAGCGCCCCCCGCGGCCGCCCUUGGGGGAGAUCCCGCAGGAGGUCGUCUUCAACCACGUCCGGCAAUACCUGCAGGACUACAUCAUCGCGGUCGCCGCCACCCGCUCGCGCCGCGUGACCAUCGCCGACGCCCUGGAGCUUCGCUAUCUGCUGCGCGAGUUCGUCGGGAGCGUGGAGCAGCCGUUCGGGACGAGCCUGGGCUUUCUCUGGCCGCGAAGUGAGAAGUCCAUCGACAUCGCGAUCCUCUCGCAGUUCAUUCGCCCUCGGCUGACCUACCCGAGCGCGAUCAAGCCCGCGCCCGGGAACCCCGCGGUGCGGCCUUUCGCCCACAACGUCGUCCUCAAGAACGUGAACGACCGCGUGGUGUGCCCGAGCCCGCUUCUUGAGCUGGCGUUGUUGAUGCUUUCCUCGACCUACGUCAUCAAGGACUGCGCGCAGUCCUCGAUCUACCUCCCCGCCGCGCUCCCGGCGACGCGGCUGACGAACCUGCGGAAUUGCACGAUCGCGCUCGGCCCGGUCAGCAGCGUGCUCUGCGUGGAGCACUGCCAGAACUGCCAGAUCUCCGCCCUGUGCGGGGCCCUGAUCGUCAGCCACUGCGCGGAGGUCACCCUCUUCGUCUGCACCAACACCCCGCCGCUGCUUAUGCUGGAAAACGGCGGCCCCAACACGCUGCCGAAUGUCUGUUUUGCCCCCUACAACUCGCACUACGCGACGCUGGAGAAGGAUUUGGCCCUGACGGGGAUUAAUCCUUUGCUGAAUUUGUGGAAUGUGGGGUUGCCCUCCCGGCAGUACCUUCUGCCGCCGGAGAAGUUCACCCCGAUCUGCUUCCCGACCGCCGCGCAGGCGAGUUUGGGGGCCCUCUCCACCCGCGCGAACCCGUGCGCGCUGCCGGAGCCCUACCUCAACGCCGUCAACCUCCGCCUGCAAAGCUUCCAGGACGUCUCGAACGACCUCCAAAAGGCGUACAAACACCUCGAGGAGGAGGGCCGCCAGGACCUGGCGGAGAGUCUGCGCAAUCAAAUCCAGGCCCUGUUUUUGGACUGGCUUCAACAAAGCGGCCAGAGCAGCAAGCUCGUCGACCUCCUCCACACCACGGCGCCGUCGCCGGGGAAGCCCUAA